AUGGUGGAUCUCGCGAUGAUGUCGUGCGUGAACAAGGAGGACCUGAGAAAGCUUAUACCCAAAGAGCUCUACCCGACCUGGGUGCAGUUCCCGGAGUUCGAGCGGGUGGAGUGGAUCAACUACUUCCUCCGUGAGCUCUGGCCCAAGCUCAGAGAGGCCAUAUCAGGCGCGGUGAUGAUGCAAAUAGGCCCAGUGCUGGAGAGCUACCGCCCCCCCAUGAUCUCCUCGCUCAAGCUCACCAAGUUCAACCUCGGCCGCCUGGCCCCGCAGCUGGGAGGCAUAGACGUGGUGGAGACGAGGGCGGACGAGGUGGUGCUGCAUGUGGACUUCAACUGGGUGGGCGACCCCUCCAUCAUCCUCGCCAUCAAGACCGUCGUGGGCGUCGCGCUGCAAGUGCAGGUGAAGAACCUUCAAAUAUGGGGAGUGUUCCGCGUGGCGCUCACGCCCCUCAUCCCCACCAUCCCAUGCUUCGGCGCCAUUGUCUUCGCCUUCACAAAGAAGCCCGAGGUGAAGUUCAAGCUCAAGGUGGCGGGCGGUGACAUUGCGGCCGUACCUGGCCUGGGAGAUGCCAUUGAUGAUCUGAUUCGCUCAGCCAUCAUGGAUUCGCUGGUCUGGCCGGUGCGCCAUGUCAUCCCCAUUGUGCCCGGCAACUAUGAGUACCUACAGAUGCGCACGGUGGGAGUGCUGGAGGUGAAGCUGGUGGAGGGGAGGGACCUCGUGAACCUGUCGCUGCUCGGCACCAUCGACCCCUACGCCACUCUCUUCGUUCGCCCCAUCCCUGCCCGCACCCGCCGCAGCCGCACCAUUGCCAACUCGGUGAACCCACUUUGGAACCACUCGUUUGAAUUCACCGUGGAGGACCCCGAGACACAGAGGCUCGUCAUCAAGGUGUGGGAUGACCAGGAGCUGACGGCAUCUCAGCCAGUGGGGCAGGCGGCCAUUGUACUGGCAGACCUGCCCCCGCUGAAGCUGGUGGACCGGUGGGUGCCCGUGGUGAAGGACGUGGACGACCCCAAGGCUGACACCCGCCCUCGCGGCUCGGUGCGUGUGGAGGUGCUGGCAUGGGUCAACUCACAACGUUCCUUCUCCUUCACUCUCUCCCCUCCUCCCCACCCACCCCCGCUUCUCAUCUCUCAGCUGCAUCUGGAGCUGCUCUACCGGCCUGUGGACGAGAACGGGGUGCUGCUCGCCCCAGCCUACUUCACCCCACCAGCUCCCAAGACGCUCCAGGAGGCAACAGCAGCAGCCAACGCUGCAGAGGCACGGAAAACGCGGCAGGCGGGCGUGGGGUUUCUGAGCCCUAUCAAGGCGCAGCAGCAGGAGGAGGGCGAAGAGGGGGGUGAUGUGCCGGCGAUGGCUCUGGGUGGGGAUCAGGGGGGGCUGGGGGUGGAGGACGGGGAGACCAAGUACUUGAGAGGCGUGCUGCAGGUGGUGCUGCUGUCGGGGCGAGAGCUCGUGGCGUGUGAUAUGAAUGGGCUCAGUGACCCGUUUGCUGUUCUUGAGCUACAGCUGGGAGGGCAGAGGAGGAAGUCACAGGUGGUGAAGAAGACGCUGGAGCCGGAGUGGAAUGAGAACUUUGAAUUCCUGGUGGAGGACGGCAAGCACGACAUGCUCGUGGUGGGGCUCUUUGACCACGACCUGCUGGGCAAGAAGGACAGCAAGCACGACAUGCUCGUGGUGGGGCUUAUCGACCACGACCUGCUGGGCAAGAAGGUGGGCUUUCCUUAUAACGUGUUGCUGGUGAGUAUCUGUCACGGCCUUGGUGGAGGAUGA